AUGUCUGAAUCUGAAGGUGCAUCAUCAGCCGUUUUGCCUAUGCUUUCUGGGAACUUGGGAGAAGUAUCACUUCUCCCCGCUGUUGAGGAUGACUACGGAGGAGUUAUUGUGGAAGUGACAGACCCGAUGGAUCCUGGGGAUUUCUCUUCCUCUCUUAGAGCAUCACUGUCCCUUUGGAGGCAUCAGGUGAGAACCGGUUUUAUUAUGGGGAUAGCUUAUGAUGUUUAUAUCAAUCUAUUAUACUCCUCUGCAUUUAGCAUUGGGUGAAUUUCAUACAAUGACUGUCCUAGUUGUACCAAAUCUUUUGUUUCAUUUCUUCUGGAACAAUGCCAAGAAGUUGGUCACAUUUUUUCCAUCAAGUGCGCUGGAUUAGUAUUAUUCUGGAUACAGAAAAAUCAUUCCAUUGAAUCCAAUAGCUACCUCCUCUAUCUCAACAUAUCGUUCAUCUCACAUCUGAAUUCGAGCAUUCUUCUUGAUGAUAAUUUUUCCUUUUAGUUUUUCUUACAGCGGAGCAUAUCUCUACAAAAAUCGACCAGACUUAAUUCUUUUUUAUCUAAAUAUGAAUCUCUUAUGUUGACUUAUAAGUUUUAAAUUCGAAGUUUCAUGUUCGAGCAUCAAUAGACCUAGAAAUUUUCAAAACAAAGAUCUUCAGAUAAAUUUAUCUGGAUCCUCUCUGAUGAAACGUUUGCAUAUUCUUCCGUUCUUAUGUUACUUGGUAAUUCGCCCCCACUGUUUUUAUUCACAGAACAAAAAGGGAGUUUGGAUCAAAUUGCCUAUUCAAUAUUCAAAUCUCGUCCACCCGGUUGUCCAGGUAAUCUGAAAACAUUUCCUGACCUUAAAAUGGAUAGGGACUAAAAAACCAGGAUAUCUUCAUAAAAAAAUUCAUUUUUAGCUAAUUGCUUCAGUUUUUUGUCGUCUUGAUGUAGGAGGGAUUCUGGUAUCACCAUGCGGAGCCAACUUAUAUAAUGCUCGUCUAUUGGAUCCCCUCAACAAAGCACACACUCCCAAUUAAUGCUACGCACCGUGUGGGUGUUGGGGCUUUCGUAAUGAAUGACAACAAGGAGGUAGCUCUUCUGUUCUUUGAUAUUCGAUCGUUCCCUGCUUCCCAUUUGCGACUAUUACUGUGACUAGAUGAAAAGUUCUUUAUUGGUUAUUUUAGAAAUAAAUCUAGGAUUAUAAAGUCAACCCUUGCGAAUUAAUUAAGAAAAACAUGAUAUCAGUCAGACCCAUGGCCACGGAUUUAUUUCUACAAUAACCAAUCGGGGACUAUUUUAUAUCUUUUACCUUCUCAUGACUGUAAAAUUGGGUCUUCAAAAUCUAAUGUUCAGUAGAUUCUAGUGGUCCAAGAGAAAACUGGCAAGUUCCGCGGUUCAGGAGUCUGGAAGCUUCCCACUGGCGUUGUGGACCAGGUUCUUGGCUCGUGAACAUUUUUUUCCUUGUCAUAUCCGAUUCUAUCUGGCAUUUCUUCAGCCAGAUAAUAGGAAUUUCCUCCACAGGGUGAAGAUUUAUCCGCUGGAGCCAUAAGGGAAGUGAAGGAAGAGACAGGGGUACGUGUUCUAAGCCCAAUGUGCGUCGUAGAAUGUUCUUCCACAUCCUUUCCGUUUGACUUUUAAAGAUUCUGGCUCGUAUCUCUGCAGAUUGACGCGGAGUUCCUAGAAGUACUGGCAUUCAGGUAGCCUUUGACCUGUGAUGCAUUAUAAUCUCGAACCCCCAUUUAUUUGCAGGUUCAUGAGAUGCUAUCCACCUUUAUUUACUUAUCCAUUUUUUCAUUUUUCAAUCUGCAGGCAAAGCCACAGAACUUUCUUCGAUAAAUCUGAUCUGUUCUUCGUAUGCCUCCUGCGCCCCAUCUCGUUUGACAUCAGCGUUCAGGAAUCAGAGAUCGAAGCCGCCCAGGUAAGUCAACCCUCAAUGAACCACUCUCCGGCAAUUCAACCAUAACACCCAAAAAAAUAAAAAUAAAAUCAGGUGAUUACCAGGGAAAAUAUACUGAUUGACUGGAGACUAAACAACAACAGUUUAGAGUGAUUAUAGCAGAAAGUCUUCUGAUCGACCAUACGAACAUCCUUCUUCUGAGAUGAACUGCUGCAUCGCAUCUCGUGAACCGAGGGUUGACCUCUUUCUUUGUCAGUGGAUGCCGAUCGAUGAAUACAUGGCGCAGUCAGUGAUGAGCAAGCAGAACCUCAUGAAGUACAUAUCCGACGUCGGGCUGGCGAAGUUCGAGAAGGGCUACAAUGGGUUCACCCCUGUGGGCGUGGGAUCGGUCUUCUCCGACAGGAAGAGUUACCUGUACUUGAACAGCAAGGAUCUGAACCAGGCCCCGGAAAGCUGA